AUGUAUUCCAAACUACCAAUCAUAAGAACAAUUCAAACUGAGUAUGCCAAUUGCAGCAUCCCUCCUGGAGUGAGCAAUCCUGGAAAACUUCGAUUUAUUGUUGCUGUUUUGAUUGUUGCAUCUACUCUGGGCAGGAUUUUUGAGAAGCUGGAGCUGUGCAGCAGCUUGGCCGUCAAGCGCUUCGUGUUCUCCGGCUGGAAGCCGGGCCCAGCGCCGGGUGUGCGGCAGGAGGACGCGCGGUUCGGGGGGGUGCCCGUGCGGCUGUACCGGCCCCGCGAGGUGCGCAGCGCCGUGCUGCUGUUCCACGGCGGCGGCUGGAUCUUCUGCAGCCUCGAUUCCCAUGAAAGGAUCUGCCAAUACAUUGCCAAGGAAAGCAGCUCGCUGGUGGUGUCCGUGGGGUACCGUUUAGCCCCUGAGCACAAAUACCCCGCUGCGUACGAAGACUGUCUGAACGCCACCCAGCACUUCCUGCAGCACCUGGAGCGCUACGGCGUGGAUCCUGCCCGCGUCACUGUCUGCGGGGACAGCGCUGGGGGCAACCUGGCAGCUGCUGUGAGCCAGACCCUGGCAGGCAGCUCAGACCUCCCCAGACUCCGUGCUCAGAUCCUCAUCUACCCAGGCCUUCAGGCCCUGGACUUCAAUUUGCCAUCCUACCAACAAAACCAGGGAGUCCCUCUGCUCUUCCGGGAACGUGCUGUUUUCUAUUCUUUGCAGUACGUACAAGGGGACACAUCAAAUAUGCAAGAGGUCUUGGAGGGCUCUCAUAUUCCUCCAGACAUGAGGCUGAAGUAUGGGAAGUGGGUGAGUCCAGACAACAUCCCUGAGGAAUUUAAAGUUAGGGGCUAUAAGCCACACAAGCCCUGUGAAUUCAAGCCUGGAGUUUUUGAGAAAGUGAAAAGAAUCCGUGAGAACACACUGUGCCCGCUGUUUGCUGAAGAUGAAAUUAUUCAGCAGCUGCCAGAAUCCUUCAUCCUGACCUGCGAGUACGACGUGCUGAGGGACGAUGGUUUGUUGUACAAGAAGAGGCUGGAGGACAACGGGGUUCGAGUGACCUGGUACCACCUCGAGGAUGGAUUCCAUGGAGUCAUAAACCUGUUUGAAUAUUGUGGUUUGUCAUUUCCAUCUGGGAAAAGGGGAUUGGACAGGGUUGUUGAAUUUAUAAAAGGCCUGUAA